AUGGCGACUGCAGUUCAUACACAAAGCCAAACGAUAUCGUUGGAACUUGAAGUUCAAGAUGCUUCGAGCCAUAUCACAUUGGAAGGAUCUCAAAUAUCGGCAUCGGAACAAGAAUCCGAAAUUCGAGAUGCUGAAGAUCUCUCUCGAAUCAGGGCCUUCACUUUGGUCGCCACACUCACAGGAAUCACUUUUGUUGGCAGUAUGAGUAGUGGCCUCUUAACGGUGUGUUUACCAGGCAUCGCAAAAGAUUUAAACCUACCUGACAAUCUUCUGUUAUGGCCCUCUUCGGUAUACUCUCUUGCCAAUGGAUGUUGUCUGCUUCUCGCCGGCUCACUAGCAGAUUUCCUUGGAAACAGGUCGAUUAACCUGAUUGGAUGUUUUCUCUUGGCCAGUUUCAUCUUGGCAUGCGGUGUCGCGGAGACAGGAAUCCAAUUGAUCAUGUUUCGGACAUGCCAGGGAAUAGCAACUUCAAUGUGUCUUCCAACGGCAUUUAGUAUUUUGACAGACAGCAUGUCCACAGGAAAGCGUCGUAACUAUGGAUUUGCCUGUCUUGGUCUCGGCCAGCCACUUGGUUUCUCGGUUGGACUUGUGCUAGGUGGAAUCUUUCAGGAUUCUACUCUGGGAUGGAGAUUCGGAUACUAUCUUUGUGCCGGAGCUACAUUUAUCUUGACGAUUGUCAAUUUCUUCAAGCUACCUACUGACAGACCUCGGGAAUGCUUCUCAUUUAGUCGACUCCGAACUGAAAUUGAUUGGGUAGGAAUCGUUCUUUCUAGUGCAUGCUUGGGAAUUAUCUCCUAUGUCUUCUCAAAUAUCACCGACCAUCCUCAGAGCAUCCAAAACGCUUCAAAUAUCGCUUUGCUUUCAGUAGCGGCUGCCAUGAUCCCAUCAUUCUGGGCUUGGAUGGAAUGGCGAGAAAAGUCAGGAAGACCAGCAUUGAUCCCAAACUCGUUGUGGAAGAAUCGAGCCUUUACCACGAUUUGUGUAAUGGUUUUCUUUUCAUGGGCUGUUUUGAACGGGAUGGAAACCAUCUUGAGUCUUUUCUUUCAAGAAGUGCAAGGAUUAUCAGCAUUACAGGCAGCUCUCCGCUUCCUACCAAAUGUCAUCAUUGGAAUCAUAAUCAACAUUGGAACUGGAUUGCUUAUACAUCGUCUUCGUGCGAACUACGUUGUGCUGGUCACUUCGAUCUUAUCCGCUGGAUCACCAUUGCUUAUGGCUCUCAUUGAUCCCAAAUGGUCAUGGUGGUAUGAUAUUUUCUGGGCGAUGCUUCUCGGACCCGUGUCUGCAGAUGCCAUUUUCACUGUCGCAAAUCUGAUUAUCGCAGACUCUUUCUCUCCGAAGACACAGGGUCUUGCAGGUGCUGUAUUCAAUACAGUCGCCCAAUUUGGAACAUCCAUUGGACUAAGUGUCUUUGCCAUCAUCUCCGCUAGUGUGACAGACGGGUCUCACUACAAAAAUAAAAGUUCGCCAGAUGCGCUCAUGGCUGGCUAUCGGGCUGUAUUCUGGGCUUGCUUUGGACUUUUGCUUGCCGCUACUGCUAUUAGCGCUUGGGGUCUACGUCGCGUUGGAAAGGUUGGAAUCAAGAGGGAGUAA